AUGACAUAUUCAGAAGUCAGUAUCCAGCUGCCUGGAGGUACAAUCGUCGGAUCUCGAAAACAAAAUGUCUUUCAAGCUCGUGGCAUAAAGUAUGCAGAAGCAAAUCGAUUUGAGAUUCCAAGACCAUUUACGAAAUGGGAGGCGCCCAUCGAUGGGACGAGGCCAGCUUCAAUCUGUCCGCAAUUACCCUCACGCUUGAACUCUGUGACAGGAAAUAUUGUUCAGGGUCGAGUUAUGGAUGAGGACUGUCUCCAUCUUACAAUUACUGCACCGGCACGUGCUAUCGAUGAAGGACUCCAGCUUCCAGUCAUGGUCUUCCUACACGGUGGCGCAAAUAUUUCCGGAGGCGGUGAUCUCGAUUGCUAUCUACCUGACGCUCUGAUCAGGAAAGAUAUCGUUGUCGUCAACGUUAGCUAUCGCCUUGGCAUCUUUGGUUGGGUUCCGAUAGAGGGCAUAGCGCCUGCGAAUCUCGGAUUACUAGAUCAGAUUGAAGCACUUCGUUGGGUACAGACAAAUAUAUCUCACUUCGGCGGAUGUCCUCAGCGUGUCACUGUCAUUGGACAUUCCGUCGGGGCAUAUGCUAUAUAUUGUAUGUUGGUAGCCGAUACCGCCGCUGGUCUUUUCCAUCGGGCUGUCCUUCAGAGCACGCCUUUCGAAUGGCAAACAGUUUCCGUUACGACAUCUGACGAUCUGGCUAAAAUUGCUCGAGAGUUGAUACAGGGAGACCCGCGCACUAUGUCAGCCGAAGAGCUUCUCCUUAACCAGCCCAAAAUAAUGCCCGAGGCUAGGAGACUAGGACUCCCUAGGAGAUUUGCGUGGGCGCAUUUCGGCAAACACCCCCUACCGGAUAUCUCCGAAGUCCCGAAUAGAAUCGCCCAGGCUGCAAUGAACUACUCUAUUAUCCUGACAUGGACGAAGAAUGAAAGUGUGGCUUUCGUACCAAUGCUUCCGAGCUAUUCUCUUUGGGCUGACCUACCCAUAAUUGGCCCGGCGUGGAAGCAGAUAGCUGCCUGGUGGUACUCCCACAAAGAAUUCAUCUGGCCAUCGCAGAGAUUCCACAAGAGCUUCAUUGCUGCGGGCGGUAGUUCUUCCACCGUGAGCUUUUCCUGGAGUCCUGCAGGUAAUACCUUAGGAGCAGUCCACUGCAUAGAACUCCCAUUUAUCUGCGGAACGUGGGAUGCUUGGAAAGAUGCCCCCAUGCUUCGGGGUUCUAAUGUUAAGGAGGUCGGCAAGUUAGGCGAAGAGGGGUUUAUCUGA